UAAUGGGGAUCCAUAAUAAACCCCAGGAAGAGUAGCUGCUGCCUUGGCAGGAACUAAUGGGGAUCCAUAAUAAACCCCAGGAAGAGUAGCUCCUUGUGAUUAUGUCUCCUCCUCUGACCCAGAGGGUUGUUAAUGGUGUGAUUAUGUCUCCUCCUCUGACCCAGAGGGUUGUUAAUGGUGUGAUUAUGUCUCCUCUGACCCAGAGGGUUGUUAAUGGUGUGAUUAUGACUCCUCCUCUGACCCAGAGGGUUGUUAAUGGUGUGAUUAUGUCUCCUCUGACCCAGAGGGUUGUUAAUGGUGUGAUUAUGACUCCUCCUCUGACCCAGAGGGUUGUUAAUGGUGUGAUUAUGUCUCCUCUGACCCAGAGGGUUGUUAAUGGUGUGAUUAUGUCUCCUCCUCUGACCCAUGGGGUAACAAUCUGUUGAGAAGCCUUUUUGUCCUAGACUUGGCACUCUGGUACAGCUUGUCAUGCAGUAGUAGAGAAAACAGUCUGUGGCUGGGGUCUUUCACAAUUUUUAGGGCCUUCCUCUGACAACACCUGGUGUAGAGGUCCUGGAUGGCAGGCAGCUUAGACCCAGUGAUGUACUGAACCGUACGCACUACGUGUCUUGCGGUCGGUCGGAGGCCGAGCAGUUGCCGUACCAGGCAAUGAUGCAGCCAGUCAGGAUGCUCUCGAUGGUGCAGCUGUAGAACCUUUUGAGGAUCUGAGGACCAAUGCCAAAUCUUUUCAGGUUCCUGAGGGGGAAUAGGCUUUGUCGUGCCCUCUUCACGACUGUCUUGGUGUGUUUGGACCAUGUUAGUUUGUUGGUGAUGUGGACACCAAGGACCUUGAAGCUCUCAACCUGCUCCACUGCAGCCCCGUCGAUGAGAAUGGAGGCGUGCUCAGUCCUCCUUUUCCUAUAGUCCACAAUCAUCUCCUUUGUCUUGAUCGAGUUGAGGGAGAGGUUGUUAUCCUGGCACCACACUGCCAGGUCUCUGACCUCCUCCCUAUAUCCUGUCUCAUCGUUGUCUGUUGAUCAGGCCUACCACUGUUGUGUCGUCUGCAAACUUAAUGAUGGUGUUGGAGUCAUGCUUGGCCAUGCAGUCAUGCGUGAACAGGGAGUACAGGAGGGGACUGAGCACGCACCCCUGGGGGCUCCAGUGUGGAGGAUCAGCGUGGCAGAUGUGUUGUUACCUACCCUUACCACCUGGGGGAGGCCCGUCAAGAAGUCCAGGAUCCAGUUGCAAAGGGAUGUGUUUAGUCCCAGGGUCCUUAGCUUAGUGAUGAGCUUUGAGGGCACUAUGGUGUUGAACGCCGAGCUGUAGUCAAUGAACAGCAUUCUCAUAUAGGUGUUCCUUUUGUCCAUGUGGGAAAGGGUAGUGUGGAGUGCAAUAGAGAUUGCAUCAUCUGUGGAUCUGUUUGGGCGGUAUGCAAAUUGGAGUGGGUCUAGGGUGUUUGGGAUAAUGGUGUUGAUGACCAGCCUUUCAUGGCUACAGACGUGAAUGCUACGCGUCGGUAGUCAUUUAGGCAGGUUGCCUUCAUGUUCUUGGGCACAGGGACUAUGGUGGUCUGCUUGAAACAUGUUGGUAUUACAGACUGGGUCAGGGAAAGGUUGAAGAUGUCAGUGAAGACACCUGCCAGUUGGUCAGCGUAUGCCCGGAGCACACGUCUUGGUUAUCCGUCUGGCCCCGCAGCCUUGUGAAUGUUGACCUGUUUAAAGGUCUUACUCACGUUGGCUACGGAAAGCUUGAUCACACAGUCGUCCGGAACAGCUGGUGCUCUCAUGCAUGCCUCAGUGUUGCUUGCCUCGAAGCAAGCAUAGAAGUGAGGUUAAUUGCCUUGUUCAGGGGCAGAAUUUUUACCUUGUCAGUUCAGGGGAUUCGAUCCAGCAACCUUUCGGUUACUGGCCCAAUGCCCACUAGGCUACCUGCCACCCAAAUCUCACUGUUCAUCUGGCCAGAAGGACGGGACUCCACCCUUCACCAGUCCACGAGGUUCGGCUCUUUAAAGGCGGCCCACUAUAGAUAACGAGCAGGAUCAACUUGGUACUGUAUCUGUGAGGACCUGAAUGGACCGGACCGGACCAUUGGUACUACAACUGAAGGAGCUUGCUGUUUGGGAGGGCGCUGGUUCCACCUCUGUGACCUUCAAUAACAGGACACCGCCUGUCAGAGGGGAUAUGGUCUUUCUUUCUUCCGUGGAGUUUGGUUUCUUCUCUGGUACUGCUGGGGUGGACUCCUGCUACUGUUGAGGACAAGGAGGCUGAGGAAGCUGCUGUACGCCAGGGAGACUUCCUUGGACCUGUGACCUGGGGGUGAUAGGAAGCUGCCCUAAGGAAGUCCUGGACUAAGGGACCUGGGGGGGACAUGAGGGUCAGUUUGGAUCAGGAUCAUCCAGGCCCCCUGUGAAUGGGGAGAGAGAGAGAGAAGGAGCCCUGAUGUCUAUAUUGCUGCUGCUGGUCUGUAUGUCUCUCCUCUGCUCUGGGAAGGCUGGGGGACAGGCAGCUGAAGGAUGGAGACCAUGCACAGAUCUGUUACCUUUGGACUUCCUGUCGCGGGUCUUACCACCUGGCGGGGAGCCCCCCCUGCCUGAAGUGCACAUGGUCCAGUCCAGGGGGGCCCGGGGCCUGCAGCUCGCCGGCUCUCAGGAGGCCCUCAGCUUCCCCGCUUCGCAGCUCUUCACCAACUGUGACCACUUCCCUUCUGAGUUCUCCUUCGUGGUCACGCUCAAGAUCCCACGCCUUGCCAACAAGAGGAACGAGUACAUCUUCUCGUUGGUGGAGGAGGAGUCAGACCGGCUGCUGAUUGGUCUACUUGUCUCUCAGGAGAGGCUCCACUUUUUGUUCCAGGGCCCGACAGGCAAGAAACGGAUCACGUUUAGGGCGGUGCGGUUGGCAGACAACCACUGGCACACAUUGGUGGUGGCCGUCACCGGGCGCUAUGCUACACUCAGAGUGGACUGCGGUAUGGCCCUGGAGCUGGUGUAUGAGAAGCCUUUCCCCAGUGAUCUCUGCACUGCCCACUCCAGGUUCUUCAUCGGCAGCAGGAGGCGGUGGAAAGGACUGUUCUCU